AUGGACAACUGGCAUACAGCACAAUGCACAAAGCCCGACAUUGCCAUCUUUCCAGGACUUAAUGUUCCAGCAUGUAUGAAUUGCGGAGGAAUUUGCCCUUCUGAUAGAGCGGACAACAAACAAAACGAUGAACUUCAGAUUCCAUCAGCGGGCAAGCGGUCUGCUAUGCAGUUGAACUGGCCACCAUCGAUGUCGUAUCAGAGUUACGCUUACCGCGAUGAUCCUGAUGGCUCGUUGCACAAGGCUCUGGCUUCACAGGUUGACCAAGAAUGGUGCGAUAAGGAACCAGGCAAGCACACGCCUUGCUCUUCCAUUAUCAAGACAGCCCAGACUCCAUCGUCGCAAGUAAGCAAAACCUCAUAUGAGCCCCUUGAUAGUACAAAGAUCCGUGUUUUGCGAUUGUACAAAGGGCACUUUGGGGAUUGCUUGCACGGAGAAUUUGAAACCAUUAGUCUUCAGAACCAAGACGCAGGGCCAGAAGAGCCAGAAAUGAUAUCAUCAGAUGGAAUGGAACAUCCUACGCCAUAUGAAGCAGUUUCAUAUACCUGGGCCAAAGGAAAUGGCAAACGGGAAAAAGACCACGCCAUAUUCAUCGGAAGUCGUUGGGACAUACUUCCAAUCACUGAGAACUGCUUUGAUGCCUUACAAAACUGUCGACUUGAUGACCAAGAUAGACGCCUAUGGGUUGACGCAAUCUGUAUCAACCAGUCAAACAUUUCUGAAAGGACUCACCAAGUCGGCAUGAUGAGAUAUAUAUACUCAACCGCCAGCCGCGUUCUGAUAUACCUGGGGAUAGGUGACAGUGGAAGCGGCUCGGAAAUCACGGAUGAUCCCGAGAUUCUCAGUGGCAACCAAUAUUUCUCGCGUAUAUGGGUGGUACAAGAGAUCGCGUCUGCGAAACAGGCGCUCGUUUUGUAUGACCGUAAAGCCAUGCACUGGGGCUUUUUCCAUGGGAACCUGCAGCGCUUGUCUAGUAAGAGAUGGAUGCAGAACUUUGGUUCUCCCCGGCAGAUCGAUGAUGCUCAUGAGUUCUUGACCCUGCUCGGGGAUACGCGGGACUGCAAUGCUUCAGAUCCAAGGGACAAGAUCUUCGCCUUACUUGGGCUCUGGAAGAAGCAGGUGGACCCGGACUACACGCUCUCGCCUCAAGCUGUGUACACGGGACUGGCUUCCACCCUUGUAACGGAUGAAAGGUGGGAAGUGGUAGCGCAAUUACUUGAUAUGGCGACUCAUGGCCGCUCGAUGCUUGGCCUCCCAUCAUGGGUUCCUGACUGGAGCGAAAAGAGUCAACAGCCGUACCACCGACAGUGGAACAGUCGCUUUUCUUUGCCAGUGAGGUCUCUUUCAGAUGGCGAAUGGAGAUUUCGAAUCCAUCGCCAAACUGGCUCUUUGUGUGUUCUGGCCGCCAAGAUCGACAUAUUGGCCUCAUACCUCUCCUGUGGGUUCAGAAUGACCACCAAUGGAAUGAUGAUUGCAAAGGCUGGAUGCGUUUGCGUUUCACUUGCACCUGAGGUCCUGAGCAAGUGCGAACCGAACGAUUGUAUCCUCGCCCUUUCUAGACAUAAAUUCUGUCUGAUUCUUCGGAAAAAAGCAGAUCCCAACAUUUAUACCUUCAUUGGGCUUUGCGAAUACUCGGACUUACUGAAUGAUCGGGGUCUGUUAAUAGGAAGGCGCCAUCAGCCAAUGGAACUAGAUGCCAUAAGAUAUCUUCAGGACUGGGCGUGGCUUUUGUCCCUGGAGGAAAGACCUUUUUGGUCCGAGUUUGCGACUUGGGAGAAGACACAAAUCUGUUGGUCGGCUAUUCAAAAGCAGAGGAAAAUAGAAACUCGAAUGCUUCUCCAAAGGGUGAUUAAAAAAGCCCUAUUUCUGAAGAAGAUGCGUGAUCUGGCUAGGGAAGCGCAAUGUGCCCUGAAAGAUUGCAGCAAAAACGAAGACCGAGUGACGGAAUUCUUUAAGCGUCAAUGGACAAAAGGCUUCCGGAGAUGGCAACAAGUAGACAAGCUAUUAGUGAUGGAUCACGAAGAACACAGAUCCGUGAUCAGGAAAUUGCUUCCAGGCUAUAGAAGCCUAGAGCCAUUGCAAGGAACGUCGACCCAAUAUCCACUGAGACAGUCGAUGUGGCUUCCAGUAUCUCCCUCUUGGUUUGGAAGAGUACCUCUCAUUCAUGAGCCAAUCGACCUCUGUACGGAGUACCCAUUGAUCGCGGCCUGUGCGUCUAUGAGUAUUCCAUUACCCCCUCUGCAUUUAAUCACAGAUGUUAAGAGACAUAUCGCACUUUCGCUUGGCCAAGGACUUGAGAAUGGUCUCCGACAGCUACAAAGACUGGCACUAGAACACUUCCCACAGGAAUUGCUAGCUCACGAGAAGCUGGUCUCCUACAGUCUCAAGACCUCUUACAGUCUCGACUUUAAAGAGAAAGAGUGGGCUAUUUUCCUGCAUUGGCUGUCCAGGCCCAUAUCACCGAGCUAUGAUAUGCUAAGACAUGGGUUAAGAAUGGAUGCCCCAUUGAUUUGGGAAGUGGGACUUGUAGCACAAACCCAACUUGAAGAAGCUCACACAUGGCUGGAUGAUAACUUUGAUCAUCAUAUAGAAACGCUAUACUCCUCAUCCAGUACCGAACCAUCCCUCGAUAAGUUUUUUAAACUUAUAUACCGAGAACAGUUCGAGCUCCUCUGGCUGUUUGUCUUUCGUUCAUACUCAACCGAUAGUAAAAGGUCUCAUCGAGUUGCCCUCGAUAAUAUCGGCGCUGGGUUCGCACGUGCCUUUUUCUGGAGGUUCGACCGCAGUAUCAGUAAGGCUUGCCAAGCCGUUGGAGUAGGUCUCCCCACCCAGCAGGAGAUUGAGAAACAAUGGAACAGGUUCCUUGGUUGGCUCAGACAACAACCGUUUGAGGAGCCAGUAUGGGAUAUACCAUCAGAAGUGUAUGAUGAGCGGCCGCGCUGGCUGGUCGAAGAGGAAAGGAGCGGUGAAUAUGAUAGGGACUACUUCUUGAAAAAGAUCAAGUAUGAUGGGCUGUUUAUGGUGCCAAAAACACCAGAGUCCCCUCAAGCAUGGCCCAAGCAUGUAAAGUCUCAUGCACGUCUGCAGCCUCAGACAUUUUGUGGCAAGCAAAGAUUGUCUGAACUUGUUCAUUCCGAAAUUCAGCGACGAAGGCUUCCAGAGAGAGUGUUUGCUUUUCUAUUCGACGACGCUGAGGCCACUCCUCAGCCAACGACAUCUGAAUGCACAGGCUUGGAAGAACUGCUUGCCCGCGAUCAGCUAUCCAUUUGCGGCGGGCCUUUCACCCAACGUUGGAGACAGGAGACUGAGUCCUGGAAGGUCGUGGAGCAGUACAUCUCGGAAUCACAGUGGCAUAUGAGUCGCAUGAAAAUGGGUCUCUUAUGCGGAUCGGAAAAGGAUGGGGUUAUGUAUAAGGAAAUCGUUGUUGUUUGA